AUGAUGAGUAUUUUUCGCCUUCCCGAUAGUUUUAUUGAUGAUGUGCAAGCCAUGUUCUCUAGAUUUUGGUGGGGAACUAAUGAGGAGCAUCGUAAGAUCCAUUGGCAUUGUUGGAAGGACAUGUGUUUGCCUAAGAAUAAGGGGGCGAGAUAUUUUAAGCACUCUUCGGUUUUGGAAGCUUGUAGAGGUUAUGAUCCGAGCUACACUUGGAGAGGCAUUUGGGGUGCUAAAUCGCUCCUUAUUGAAGGUCUGGGAUGGAGGACGGGAAAUGGUACUGUGAUGGAUGUGUUUAAAGAUAAAUGGGUCCCUUUAGAUGGUAAAAUCAUUGCUCGAUCUUCGAGUUCUCAUCCACAGCCCAACCUACGUGUUUUGGAUUUGAUUGAUUCUAAUAAUGGAGUGUGGAAUGAUGUUGUUCUGGCAUAA